AUGAUGAACCCGGUAUACAUUGUUGGGGCGGCGAGGACCCCCACCGCACGCAUUAAUACCCAGCUAGACUCUGUUCCAAGUACCACACUGGGAGCCAUCGUGAUUCGCGAAGCCCUCCGUCGCUCACAAGUGCCGCUUGAUUUAUUCUCAGAUGUUUACAUGGGUCAAGUACUUCAAGCUGGCGCUGGUCAGGCCCCCGCAAAGCAAGCUGCGAUGCAGGCCGGGUUGUCGCCAGAUAUUGAGGCUACCACAAUAAACAAAGUAUGCGCUUCUGGACUCAAGGCCAUUACAUUUGCGGCCCAGAAUAUCCAACUGGGGUAUGCCGUGGCUCAGGUGGCCGGGGGAAUGGAGAGCAUGUCAAAUGUCCCGGAGUACUUGAAGAAAGGAUAUGACGCCAAUUGCGAAGAGAAGCAGGUGAUUGAUGGUCUCUCGCUUGAUGGGUUGACUAAUUCCUCAGAUGGCCGGUCUAUGGGCGCCUGUGCCGAGGUUGUCGCUCAGCAGAUGGGUAUAUCCCGUGAAGACCAGGAUGAUUAUGCCUUCGGCGCCUACAAUCGGGCAUCUCGAGCACAGCAGAACAAUGUCUUCCAAGAAGAAAUCACUCCCGUGUUAGUAGAUGCAGGCACGGCCGAAAUAUUUGACACCGAUAGUCUCCCCCACGAGAGCCUCUUUAGCCGACUUCAGUCUUUGAAACCCGUGUUCGGCCCGGAUGGCACGGUCACCGCGGGGAAUGCCUGUCCGCUAAGCGAUGGUGCUGCUGCGGUGGUGCUGGUGGACGCCCUGGUCGCCGGGCAGUUCUGCCGGGAAAAUCGAGUGUUGGCGAAAAUAGUGGCUUAUGCCGAUGCCUCCGUUGCUCCACAUGAGUUCGCUCUGGCUCCAACCAAGGCCAUUCAGCUCGUCCUUGAGAGGGCCCAAAUGUGUGCCGAACAGAUCUCGUUAUGGGAAAUCAACGAAGCUUUUGCCAUUGUGGUCAUAGCUUCACAGCAGUUGCUUGGAUUGGAUCCUGAUAUUGUUAAUGUUAACGGGGGAGCUAUCGCAUUCGGACAUCCGUUGGGCAGCUCAGGUUGUCGACUUCUGGUCAGUCUCUUGCACCAGCUGGCCCAUGAUCAGUAUGGCAUUGCCGUUAUUUGUAAUGGGGGUGGUGGUGCUACGGCUGUGCUUAUCCAGCGAGUGCAAGGCGAUAGUUUAGGUGUCCCAACAUGA